AAAGAGGCUGAACAAAUCACUCUUAUGCAGAAAGAGGUCUUUGCACUGGAGCAAGAAAAAAGCUCUCUCGACAGCGCGUUUGCACAACGCAACUCACAGAUAGAAAGUGCCGCUCUUCAAUUAACCGAGAUGGAAAGUCACGCUGCGAAUAUGCAAGAGAAAAGGAAGCAAAUCGAUGCUGAGAAUGAGCGCUUAAAACGCACUGCUGAGCGGUUAAAACAACUUAUAGAUAGCAGUGAUGUUGAAACCCUCAUGAAAGAGCAAACAGACCUAAUGUCUGAAUUCCCACCGUUCUCGCAGCAAGUGAACACAAAGUCUGCUUUCUCAAAUGCGGCUGAUCCUUUUAUAGGAAGCGCUUCAUUAGGGGGUGGAGAUCCAUUUGGUUCAGACCCGUUUGCCUCUGCAAGUUCUUCAACUUUCCAAACCUUUGACGAACCCUUCGGGGCACAGAAAGAUCCUUUUGGGUCGUCGGACCCCUUUGCCUCGGGAGCACAAGGGCCAGCAAGCAGUGGAGGUUCAAAAUCAAUUCCCCCGCGACCGGCCCCACCAAAGUCAAGACAAACUCCCACAGCAAAUGCUGAGGCAGAUCCUUUCCAAAACAAGUAA